UUUUAAUUGGUUAAAAUAAUUGUUAGUUUAUUUGUUUAAAUGAAUGGUUCAAAAUGUUUAUAGUCUAUAGGUAACUAUUGAUAUACUUAAAGGUGUACGUAGAGGUGUAACCAACAUAGAACGAUUAUUAAUACAAUCACUAGAGCCUACUGUUAUACUAACUGAUUUUCUUAUUGGAUUUAUUUAACUUUGUACACGUACAAUUACACAAAUAAACAAAAUGUGUUCAUUUGUAAAAUGUGCAAAAACUUUCAUCAUAAUGUUUUUUAUUGUUUAUUAUGAAUAAAGAAUUACCAGAUGAACAAGCAGAAUUGAGAAACGAUAUGAAACUUGAAUCAAAAUCUCAUCUACAAUAUGGAAUGACGAAUAUCCCAAUUGAUGGUAACAUUCAAACCUAUACUGGUCAUGAGGAAUUGGGUUCUCCAACACGUAUUUUAACAAAUAAUGCUGUUCUAAGUUAUCAUCAACCAACUAUAAUAUCACCUCUUAUUUCGGAUCUUCAACAACCUCACCAUCAACAUAGUCAUUCUUUAUUAAAUCACAUGGAUCACGCCACAAUGAAUAUAAAUAAUAACAGUAAUACGUUUACUCCAAGUCGUCUACAUUUACUUUCUAAUACAUCCAUGGGAAUUAGUCCUUGUGGUAUAUAUAAUAAACGAGAUUCAAGUAUACCACAUGUUUUAAGUAAUUCAGAAGUAAAUCAAUUACUAACACAAUCUUCAUAUAGACCAGCAUCACCGGAUUAUCAAAGUUUAGAUGCAAUUUGGUGUCAUCAAAAUAAAUUUCCUUCUGGUACAAUGAAUCUCAUCCAUCGUCUUCCUAAUACUAAUGCUAAUAAUGGUAACAAUAAUAAUAACAAUAAUUCACAAUUUAAUCCUACUGUCAAUACUUCUACCAACAUUAAUCAUCAAACAAAUCGUAUACAAGGAAAUAAUCGAAAACUAUUACCAACUCAUUAUUCAUUAGGUAAUCCUGACAAUAAUGUCAAUUCACAAUUGAACAAUGCACAACCAAUGAUGAUGUCAAAUGAUUUUACAGAAUCAUCAAUAAUAACAACACCUCAUGGUUCAAACAUUAAUACAUUUUCACCGCAUGCCUAUUAUGAAAUAGCUACACCAUCAGAAACAUGGCAUAGGAGAUGUUUACCACUAUUUAUUCCUAAUGGGGAUCAACAUAGAAUAAUUGAUAGUAAUAAUAACAAUGAGACACACGUUAAUUUACAUGCACAAACUUUAUCACAUUCAACUAAUAAUCAUCAUUUUAACACACAACAUUCCAGUAACAAUAGUAGUCGACAGCAAACUCAACAAAGAUUAACCGAACUCAAUAGUCGUUCAUAUAAUCAUAUAGCUACUUUAGGUAGACCAGCUAAUGGUAAAGGACGUAGACGAUUGGGUGGUACAUCGACAACAGCUAAUAAUCAUAAUGACGAUAGUAUGUAUAAUUUACAAGCCGGUGAAUUAGCUAUACAUUCAGUUAAACGUUCAAUACAAAAUCACAAUAGACAAAAUGAACAAUAUAGAAUUAAAUCAGACGAUAAGUUAUUAGAAUCACAAAAUAUAAACUUGACUAAUGAUAAUCAUGACAAUCUUAAUAAAAUAGUGAAUAGUAAUGUUUAUCACGAUAGUGAUAAUAUUAAUGUCAGUACUAUCACUAAUAAUACAACUAAUAAUAAUAGUGGUAAUAUUGAUGAACAAGAUAAUAAAAAGUCAAAAGAUGGUCAGUUAUCCGAACAGAAAGCAAAUGUACAACAUUUUACAUACCAAGCAUUUCGUGAAGGAACAUUCGUUUAAUAAUAAUAAUUAUUAUUAUUAUAUAUACAUAUGCAUCUUUAUGUUAAAUAUUUGGCUGAAUUCACAAACCAUUUACAUAUUCACAUUAUAUAAACAAUUGAGGAUAUAAGUUUUGCACAUG